CGGGUAUCGUCUACCGCAGUUAGACCGAGUCCGCUCGCGCAUUCGCAUUAAUUUCCAAUCCGCGGUGUGCGCGCUCUCUCUGGCCGGCCUUUCCUCUCCGUUUCGAUCGUCGGUCCUCGAAACGGUCUUUCGAGAAGCGGGAUCUCUCGGGUCUUGGCGAUUUCCGACCACGCGACCGUUAUCCGUUACCCGUAUUCUAACGGGGCGAAUUAACGAAAAACGGUGUCGUCGACGGAAAGAGAUGCCCGUGGAUUCGAGCACCGCGAAAAAAUCCCGUACAAAAGGAGAAGGAAACGUCUGACAACCAGAGAGGAACGUCGAAGAAGCCAGCAGUGUGUUGAUGUGCAGUGAUCACGAAAUUGGUGCGCAACAGAAUCACUCUGAAAGUAAAGUCUUUUGAAGAAGCGGAUCGAAACAAGGUUUAAAUAUAAAAUUUGAUCUUAACGGCAUCAAUACGUGAGUUGAAUCGGUGAAACGCUUUAUUCUUUCCUCGUCGUGAUGACACUGAGGAUCUCGACAAUGGAAACAUGAGGACUCUAGAAGAUCGUGCAUUCGAUCGACGCAGCUCCAAUCCUGUCGACCAUAAAUGACCGAUGUGACGCAGCCCGCCAGGAAUAUUUUCACGCAAAAUGAUUCGUGCCCUUGUCCUUCUCUGCAUGGUCGUUCUACCUCUUGUACGAUGCCACAAGAUCCACGAACACAUGACAAGGGAGGAGAUGUUAUCGGUGUUUCACACAGGACACGAGUCUGUACCGACGUACGAGAUUGUGCCUGUGUUGCAUUCGGUGCACAAAAGGAGUACAAGGGAGCCGGAGAUACACUUGAAGGCCUUCGGGAAGGACAUCAGUCUGUCGCUAAAGCCUACGGAAGGGUUGCUCAGAGGAAAUCAUUUGCCCAUGUGGACCGUCACGAAGAAUGCGUCGCAACCUGAUGGCCUCCGCUAUGAGAAGGUGACGAAUGCCGACGUGGAUAUCGGUGACAUCUAUCAAGACACGACGAACAUGGCGUCCAUUCUGUUGCACCGGGACACGAAUGGGAAAGUGCUCGUUGAUGGCAAUAUUGGUUCAGAACUAGUAAUACGACCACUGCCAGAUAGGAUAUUGCACGAAGUAGUAGGCAAGAAUUCGAAUCUUCACAGAGAAGAGUUAUUGCCAAACGUGACACGAAGUAAAAGGAACUUGAAGCAUACGAAUCAUCACGUGGUAUACAAGAAAGUGAAUCGUUCAAUUGGCGACGAAUACAGCGAUUACACAUUGAUGGAGCCUGACCACAUGGCCAAGAGGUUUAGAUCUAAACGAUCAAUUUCCAUCAGAAGAAAAAGGGAAGCACCAUACGUGAUCUACCCAGAAAUUCUGUGCAUCGUUGACUAUGAUGGAUACAGAUUACACGGUGGUGAUAAUGUACAGAUCAAGAGAUAUUUCGUGUCCUUUUGGAAUGGAGUAGACUUGAGGUACAAAUUAUUAAAAGGACCAAAAAUUCGCAUCAGUAUAGCUGGAAUCAUAAUAUCACGGGGAAGAGAUGCUACGCCUUAUUUGGAAAGAAAUCGCGUCGGUCGAGAUGCAAUCGAUUCGGCAGCUGCGUUGACCGACAUGGGGAAAUAUCUCUUCCGAGAAAGACGACUUCCGGUGUAUGAUAUCGCUGUCGCUGUUACAAAAUUAGAUAUGUGCAGGAGGCAAUACGCGAAUGACGUGUGCAAUAGAGGAACCGCAGGAUUUGCGUACGUGGGUGGAGCUUGUGUCGUAAAUAAACGUCUCGAAAAAGUGAAUUCGGUUGCUAUCAUCGAAGAUACUGGCGGAUUUAGCGGAAUUAUUGUCGCUGCCCACGAAGUCGGUCAUUUACUGGGUGCAGUUCACGAUGGCUCACCACCGCCUAGUUAUCUUGGAGGACCAGGAGCCGAGAAAUGUCGUUGGGAAGAUGGCUACAUUAUGAGUGAUCUCAGACACACUGAGAAAGGUUUUAAAUGGUCCCAUUGUAGUGUGUCGUCAUUUCAUCAUUUCUUAAAUGGUGAUACAGCCACCUGUUUAUACAACGCACCUCACGAAGACGAAGCUCUUCCUAGAGUUUUACCUGGGAAACUUCUUUCCUUGGAUGCACAAUGUCGAAAAGAUCGAGGAACGAGUGCAUGUUUUAAAGAUGAUAGAGUUUGCGCUCAACUAUUCUGUUUUGAUGCUGGUUCAGGAUAUUGCGUGGCUUAUCGCCCAGCGGCUGAAGGUUCUCCUUGUGGAGACGGUCAGUAUUGUCUGAACGGGAAGUGUGUGGCCGAGCAUGAAAACAUUAUACCAGAUUAUACACAAAACAUUCCAACGUAUGUGCGCCGAGACGGCACUUUCAAUCCUACAGCCCACAAUCGACCUCUCUAUGCUCAAUACAACAAUACAGAGUAUAGGUAUCCGUGGGAAUUGACGACACACAGCACGCCACAAUCGAAAUUCAAAUACUCCUCGCCGUCGUCGAAUCUCUUCUCGUCGACAAGCAAUUCUUACAAACGCGUCACGUCGUUCGCGACAACCCCGGUGACCAAAUACACCUACACCACAGCAAGUUAUUUAUACGCUAAUAAAUACAAGACUAAAAUAAAUAAUAGUAACGAUGCUAGUUAUAGUAAAAACGGAUAUGGUGGUGGUACCACUACCAGGAAGUACAUGAAUCACUCAUACUAUACAGUUAAUCCAAUAUCAAAGGUCACGAAUGACCUGAAUUAUCCAAAAAUUAGCCCGUUCAAACAUAAGGGCACAACGGUGUCAUUUGCAACAUCAAGCAAAAAGGAUCAGAACGGUCUUCAGAGCGAUGCUCGCGAAGUAGAAGGCGAUGAGUGCAUGGACAUAGGAUCAGAUUGCGCGGAGCUGAUUGACAGGCUGAGAACAUGGCUGUGCCAUUUGCAAUCUGUGAAAAGUCGCUGCUGUGCAUCCCUAAGGACGAUCUGCGCCGCUUGAUGAGUAGUUGAAAACAAUUUUUCCGGUUCGUUCAAGAGUCACGUGGCUACGCAUCCACAGACUACCAUAAAUCCGACAUCGAACACUCAGCGCGCAUUCAGCAUGCGUACAGCUCAUCGAGCAGACUAUAUUCAUCGAGAGAUCGGGAUUUAGGCGAAUCAUGUGAUCUACGAUGUCAUUGGGUCACAAUGAUUUUGAAAGACAGACAUCUCACAAAGUUCUCAAAGUUCUCGCGGUCGCAACCGCACAAAGAAUGAAUGUGCAGUUUAUUAAGUAGUUACAUAAUCUCACUGUUACCCAGAAUAUAACUUCAUUCUUUCUUUUUUCUUCUCUUUCUUUCUUUCACUUUUUUUUUUUUUACGAUAGUACCGCAGGAGCUUUGUACAGACAAUGGGUGUGAAAACAUAAAUGUGUCGAGUUACGAACAGAAAUGUUCGAUCGAUAUAUUCGGUAGAUUCGAUUGCAUAUUUAUUCAAUGCACGUGAAUCGCGCGGGAGAUUUUUGUGUUAUGAUAGAAUGUGUGCGCGCAUACGCGUAUGCGUGUUAGUACAGACGCGCAAGUGCACGUGAGAAAACGAGCUUCCUCUAAAAACAUGAGAAUUAUAGCGCAAGAAAUAAAUGAUUAUACAAUGAAA